AUGGUAAUAAUCAUUGUUCCUCUAGAUGCAAAGAUAUUCUUCAAUACAAUUCUCCAACUUUUGCCGGAAGAAUCAAGUGAUUUAUUAAAAAAUCAAGGUAUUGAUGUUCCUCAACGACGAAAACCUCUAUUUGAUUACAUCAGCUUCUGUAAAUACCUUAGGAAACUUGAUAGGAAAGUUUUUCAAGAUUAUAAUGAUGGACAAGUUAAAUUGUUGAGACAAGAGAUAUAUAAACAAUUUAUUAGCUAUUGUUCUAAGCUCAUACUCUUAGACACAACUAACGUUGGAUAUCCAUUACAUGAAUGUCCUAGAGCAGUAACCAUCUUUUCUGAUCUUUAUGAAUUACAUUGUUCAAGUGAUGAUAAUGCAUCACUUUUCUUUGGAUUGGCUCGGAUUUGUAAAUUUAUAGAAAAGUUUUAUAUUAAACAUACAUCAUCUAAUCUUGGACUUGCCGAAUUAAUUAAAAAUCAACUAAAAAUCAAAUAUAUAAUGUUACAUAGUGAUAUAAAUUAUCAUAGCGAACUUGAUAAAUAUGAAGCAAUUGGUUCGGCAAUAUUGAAACAUGCUCACAAUCUUAUUUAUGUGAGCAUACCUAUUGAAAAGUAUUUACCUUUUCUUAACGAUCUUUUUUUGGGAUUAAAUAAUAUGCAGAAAUUGGAAUUAUCUCACGGCAGUUAUGAUUCGGAAUUUUAUAAGCAAUUAACUUUUCCAUCUUAUCCUAACUUACGAGUUAUUGACCUUAAUUUAUCAUAUUCUGCCGCUUCCAUUGCUGCUUUAAAUAUAAUCCUAAAAUCACAUAAUCUUCAAAUAAUUGUGCUCCGUUUUAAUGCUUAUAAUUAUUCUGAGCAUAUUCUACUGGCGAUCUCUCAAUGUUGUCCAAAACUUAAAUACCUUCAAAUUUAUUUAGAUGAGAAAUUUCUCAGCAAAUUUCAGCAAGUUUUAAUCAACUGUCAAUUUUUGGAAGGAAUAUUCAUUGAAACAAACAGAAAAUAUCUUUCUCAACAUGGUAUUAGAUUAUUGGAAAUUUUGACGACAUCAGCUCCACUUGGUUUAUAUAAGAUUAAUAUUGAUGAAAAAUCAGAUAAUAUUGAAAUGUUGGAUGAUGUAAUUAAUCAUUAUAAAAAUGUUGGUGUUAUCAAAGAAUUUGGAGAUGAUGCGUUAUUCAAAUCACUUGGUAAAGGUUUUGAUUCAGUGUUUGGCAAUGCUUAUUUAUAUAAGUUGGCUUAA